AUGUUUUGUGAUUUAAUAUUUAACUGUAUCAGCCUGUUUCCUAAAAGUCGAGAUGGCUUAUUGGUAUUGUUUAUAUUUCAAGACCUAUUUUUAGUACUCUCGGUUACUACGAUGCUAAUAACGUUUUUCUCUACAUAUUUAUUCCAGGCAGGUCUAGUGGAAGUGUUGAUUCGAAAGUUCCGUGCAGCAGGUUCCGUAAUUGCUGCGUACAUGGUAACCAGUGUGACCCUACAUGCAGUUUGGUUGCUUGAGAAGUGGUCAGAUCCUGAAACUGUUUCUACACCAAUGUUGAUAGUGUUGUUCACAUUUCAAAGAUGCUUGUCUCCGUGGUAUUACUUCUUCUACAAAAGAGCCGCCUUGCGAGUCAGCGACCCACGGUUCUACGAAGACAUAGACUGGAUCAACCGACAGAUGCAGACUCAU